AUGGAAGUCUACCUGUGGAGCGAGCAAGCAGAAUGCCUUCAGGCAGGAGAUGUCCUGGUAGAAGUGGGACCGUUUUGGCGCUUAAAAACGGCUGCUCAGGACGCAAUCCUGCAUGCAUCUGGAAAUGGCAGCAUUUUACCCUCUAAGGACUACUGCAUGCUGUAUAACCCUCAUUGGACAGUGCUUCCAAGUACCCUAGAAAAUGCAACUUCCAUUAAUUUGAUGAAUCUGACUACCACGCCACUAUGCAACUUUUCUGACCUUCCUCCUGGUGGGAUAAAGGACAGAGCAAUUGUAGUACAGUGGGGAACCUGCCAUAUUCUUGAAAAAGCCAGAAUUGCACAGAAAGGAGGUGCCGAAGCAGUGUUGAUUGCUAAUAACAGUGUUCAGUAUCCUCCCUCAGGGAACAAAUCUGAAUUUCGUGAUGUGACUAUUCUUAUUGCAUUUAUAAACAAUAAGGACUUUAAGGAUAUGAAGCAGACACUUGGAAGUAACAUUACUGUGAAAAUGUAUUCUCCAUCAUGGCCUGACUUUGACUAUACGAUGGUAGUCAUUUUUGCCAUUGCUGUGUUUACUGUGGCAUUAGGAGGAUAUUGGAGUGGACUAAUUGAAUUGGAGAACAUGAAGGCAAUUACAGACACUGAAGACAGAGAAAUGAGGAAAAAGAAAGAAGAAUAUUUAACUUUUAGUCCUCUUACAGUUAUAAUAUUUGUGGUCAUCUGCUGUGUUAUGAUGGUCUUGCUUUAUUUCUUCUACAAAUGGUUGGUUUAUGUUAUGAUAGCAAUUUUCUGCAUAGCAUCAGCAACGAGUCUGUACAACUGUCUUGAGGCAUUAAUCCGUAAGAUACCAUGUGGACAGUGCAAGAUCGUAUGCCGUGACAGAAGUUUUGAAAUAAGACUCCUUUUACUCGCUGGAUUUUGCAUAGCUGUAGCUGUUGUUUGGGCUGUGUUUCGAAAUGAAGAUAGGUGGGCUUGGAUUUUACAGGAUAUUUUGGGAAUUGCUUUCUGUCUGAAUUUAAUUAAAACAAUGAAGUUACCCAACUUCAAGGCAUGUGUGAUUCUUCUAGGCCUUCUCCUCCUCUAUGAUGUAUUUUUUGUAUUCAUAACACCAUUCAUCACAAAGAAUGGUGAGAGUAUCAUGGUUGAACUUGCAGCUGGACCUUUUGGAAAUAGUGAAAAGCUACCAGUAGUCAUCAGGGUACCAAAACUGAUCUAUUUCUCAGUAAUGAGUGUUUGCCUCAUGCCAGUUUCAAUUCUGGGGUUUGGUGACAUUAUUGUACCAGGUCUGUUGAUUGCAUACUGUAGAAGAUUUGAUGUUCAGAUUGGUUCUUCUGUAUAUUAUAUUUCCACCACAAUUGCCUAUGCUGUUGGCAUGAUACUUACAUUUGUUGUUUUGGUGCUGAUGAAAAAGGGACAGCCUGCUCUCCUCUAUUUAGUACCUUGCACUCUUAUUACUGCCUCAAUCAUUGCAUGGAGACGUAAGGAAAUGAAAAAGUUCUGGAAAGGUAACAGCUAUCAGAUGAUGGACCACCUGGACUAUACAACAAAUGAAAAUCAAGUGAAUUCUGAGGAACAUACUAUCCAACAGUAGUAUUAUGUGGACCUGCAGUAAUUUUUCAUUCAUUUUCUACACAUAGACUUUUAAAAUCAACUUUUGAAUCGACAAUCUGGAGAAUCUUCAAUAAAGUGCUUGCAAAUAGAUAUUUUUAAGAACUGGUACUGGCAGAUUACAACAUCAAUAAUUAAAAUGCAUUGCUUUUAACUAUAAUUGUGCCUUCACAUUAAAUAAAAGCAUAUAGUUUGUAUAAUUUUCAGCAUAUAUACAGUAUAUUUUUCU